AUGAUGAAAGGUUUCAAGAAUAGACUUACACGAAACAAAAGUCAAUCUUCAAGUAAAAAGUCAGAUAAAAAAUCAGAUAAAGAUAAAGAAAAGGAAAAAGACAAAGAUAAAAGACUGUCUUCUCCAAGUUCAAUGGGAAAUAAUAAUAAUAGUUCUAAAAGCUUAUUAAGUCAAUCUAGUUCUUUAAAAUCAACAACAACUAGUGCGUCUCCUAAUACCUCAAGAACUAGUAGCACAAAUAGCUCGGUGAAAUCUGUUGCUAGUAAUACAACUGGUCCUUCGUCUCCCCAAGCACUGCCAACACAUGAAUCUCCCAAGAUUCUCCUAAAUGACGAAAACGCGACUAACAUGUUUGAUGGCUCCAAUCCACAACAACAACAUCCCCACCUACACCAACAACAACAACAACCGCAACAGCAACCAGUUCAGUCACAACCGCAUACUCAAACAUCAAUGGUUCAAGCUGUAUUAUCUCCAAAUAAACCAAAUGUUGUACCUGGACAUGUAUUUAAUGGAGGAUCUAGUAUAGGUCAACAAGCUUUACCAUUCACUCCAACACCAACUUCUCCAUUGACUUCGUCAUCUACAAUCGCAGCAACAGCUAACCACCCUACCCCUUCAGUCUCAUAUGAAAUCGGUAAAGCGCAUCAUAGUCAACAAGGUGCUCAAACUCAUUUCCAAUUAACUCCAAAUAUUUCAUCUCCAAACAAAGAUCUCAUUGAUAUUGACUUAAUAGUUGCACCAAAAAGACAUUCCUCUUCUAGAUUUGAACCUCCAAGUAAUGAUAGAUACCAUGAAAUAGUCAAAUUACCAAACUUUGAUGAAGUAUUACCAGAAGAUCAAAUCCCAUUGUUUAUACAAAAAAUUGAUCAAUGUAAUGUCAUGUUUGAUUUUAGUGAUCCUACUUUUGAUAUUCGAGGUAAAGAAAUUAAAAGGAUAACAUUACAAGAAUUAAUUGCGUUUAUAUCAAAUAAUAGAUUCGCUUAUACUGAUGAAAUGUAUAAACAUGUUGUUACUAUGUUUAAAAAGAAUUUAUUCCGUCCAAUUCCUCCACCAGUGAAUCCAGUUGGAGAAUUAUAUGACCCUGAUGAAGAUGAACCAGUUAGUGAAUUAGCUUGGCCCCAUAUGCAAGCCAUAUAUGAAUUCUUUUUACGAUUUGUUGAACUGCCUGAUUUUCAACAUCAAAUUGCUAAACAAUAUAUUGAUCAUGAAUUUAUUUUAAGAAUUUUGGAAUUAUUUGAUAGUGAAGAUCCAAGAGAACGUGAUUGUUUAAAAACUACAUUACAUCGUAUUUAUGGGAAAUUUUUAAGUUUAAGAAGUUUUAUUAGAAAAUCAAUAAGUAAUGUAUUUUUACAAUUUGUAUAUGAAACUGAAAGAUUUAAUGGUAUUGGUGAAUUAUUAGAAAUUUUGGGAUCGAUUAUUAAUGGGUUUGCAUUACCGUUAAAGGAAGAACAUAAGUUAUUUUUGGUUAGAGUUUUAAUGCCAUUACAUAAAGUGAAAAGUUUGUCAUUAUAUCAUCCACAAUUAGCUUAUUGUGUUGUUCAAUUUUUAGAAAAAGAUCCUACAUUGACUGAAGAUGUCAUUAUGUGUUUAUUACGUUAUUGGCCUAAAAUCAAUAGUCCAAAAGAAGUUAUGUUUUUAAAUGAAAUUGAAGAUAUUUUUGAGGUUAUGGAACCAAACGAAUUUGUCAAGAUUCAAAUCCCCCUUUUCGCUCAAUUAGCUAAAUGUAUAAGUUCUCCUCAUUUCCAAGUUAGUGAAAAAGUAUUAUGCUAUUGGUCAAAUGAAUAUUUCUUAACUUUAAUUACUGAAAAUGCUGAAGUUGUAUUACCAAUAAUUUUCGCUUCAUUAUAUGAAUUAACUAAUUCAACCCAACCAGGAAUUGAAAAUGGAAUCAUGCAACAAAAAUUAUCCCAACAUCCAAAUGCAACAGUUGACGCCAAUGGAAAUCUAAUUGAUAAUGGAUUAGUAUUACAAGAUUUACAACAAGGUAUUAUUCCAAGUUCAAAUGACCCCAACCACCCUCAUUAUAAUAUAUUCCAAGUUCAUGCGUCAAUAAACCCCAACCACCCCCAUAACAACCCCAACAACCUCAAUUCCCCAACUCAAGAAAGCGUACACACCCAUACCGAUCUCAACGGGAAUGAAUUAACCGAUGAUGAAUACUAUGACCUGUUCAACGCCAUACAUAACACCAAUACCACCGGAGGUAUGGAUGAAUAUGGAGCUGGAGGAGGAUAUGGAGAUGAUGCUAAUAAUUUAUUACAACAUAAUUCCGCCACUUCUAAUUGGAAUAGAAGUAUUCAUUCAUUGGCAUAUGGGGCAUUAAAGGUGUUUAUGGACCAUAAUCCGAUCUUAUAUGAUCAUUGUACUGUGUUAUAUCAUCAAUCAUUGAAGGAACAACAUGAGAGAGAGAUUGCGAGAAAAGAAGGUUGGAAGAGGAUUGAGGCUAUUGUGAAGAGGAUUAAGGAGAAGGAAUCGUCACCAAAAGAUAAUAAUAAUGAUGCGGUGAUGAUAAUGGAGGAAGAAAAGAAGGAUACGAAUUCUAUAAAUAUGGAGGACGAGGGGGAGGACCAAUGA